AUGAAGCUUCAAAUGUUAUGGCUCGCUUUGGUACUAAUAGCCGUUAAAACUAAUGCAGCAAAGCAAGAAAGCAAUGCAACAAUCCCAGCACUAAUAGUUUUUGGAGAUUCCAUAAUGGAUACUGGUAAUAACAAUGGACUUCACACUAUUCUAAAGUGCAACUUUCCUCCCUACGGCAAGGACUUUCCGGGCGGUUAUGCCACUGGAAGAUUUUCUGAUGGAAGAGUUCCCUCUGAUCUAAUUGCGGAGAAGUUGGGAUUGACUAAAACAUUGCCAGCAUAUAUGAGCCCAAAUUUGAAGCCAGAAGAUCUUCUUCAAGGUGUGACAUUUGCAUCUGGAGGAACUGGUUACGAUCCAUUAACGGCUAAGAUGAUGUCUGUAAUAUCAGUGUGGGAUCAACUAACAUAUUUCAAACAAUACAUAGCAACCAUCAAGCAACAUUUUGGAGAAGAAAAAGCCCAAAAUAUCUUGGACCAUAGUUUUUUUCUUGUGGUUUCUAGUAGCAAUGAUCUUGCUCACACGUUUCUAGCUCAAUCUUAUAAAUAUGAUCGUACUUCUUAUGCUAACUUCUUGGCUGAUUCAGCAGCUAAGUUCGUACGAGAAUUACAUAAGCUUGGAGCUCGAAAAAUUGGAGUAUUUAGCGCAGUGCCUGUUGGAUGUGUACCACUUCAAAGAACAAUGUUCGGAGGCUUAUUUACAAGAAGAUGUAAUAAGCCUUUAAACAAUAUGGCAAAACAAUUCAACGCUAGACUUUCUCCAGCACUGGAUUCUCUAGAUAAAGAUUUAGAUGGUGUUAUCUUCUACAUUAAUGUUUAUGAUACUCUUUUAGACAUUAUCCAAAACCCUGAAAAAUAUGGUUUUGAAGUAGCUGAUAGAGGAUGUUGCGGUAAAGGCACUGUUGCGAUAUCUUAUUUGUGUAACUCACUGAACCCAUUCACAUGUUCUAAUUCUUCGGCGUAUGUAUUCUGGGAUAGCUACCAUCCGACUGAAAGAGCUUAUCAAGUUAUUGUUGACAAGUUACUCGACAAAUACUUGAGCAAGAUUUAUUGA